GGGACCGGAGAGAGCUGGGCCUGACCGCUGCCGGGCUCCCCGCUCCCCGCCACGGGCCCGGUGCCCCUCCCGCCCCCGCCCCCCCUCCGGUCUGUGCGUGCCCGGUGCUGACGUCAGCCCGAGCUCCGGGACCUAUAUAAACCCCGGCCGCGCCGCCGGCUCAGCCCCCGCGGGACCGAUCGUGCUCCACCGGCAGCGCAGCGGCAGGAGACCGGGGACAGCGCACCGGGUACGGGACGGUGCACGGGGCGGGGGACGGAGCGCGGCACAGGAGCGGCGCAGCGGGGACGGGACGGGACGGGACGGGGGUGCGGGGUAGCGCGGGGGGCUCGGGACGGGGCUUGGGGGGCACGGGGCGGUGCUGGAGCCGGGCAGGACGCAACGGGCAGGGACGGACCCCUGCGAGCCGGUCACCGCACUGCCGGUUGUGAGGCUCCCCUCGGGUCCCCCGGCUCCCGGGGCCGCCCCGGGGCUCCCGGCCCUCGCUGAGCCCCCGGCCCCGCAGGUGCGGACGGAGCCGAGGAUGCGGCGGGCGCUGCUCACCCUCCUGCUGCUGCUCGCCCGCCCGCCGCCCGCCGCCGCCCGCCCCGCGCGCCCCGACGGCACCGUCGCGGGGGCCGCCGCGGGGGCCGGGGCCGGGGCCGAGGCGCGGGGCCGCCCGGUGUGGCCGCCGCUGGCGCUGCCGCCCCCGGAGCCGUGGCGGGCGCGGCGGGACGAGCCGCCGCCGCUCUCCAUCGACCUCACCUUCCACCUCCUGCGGCACCUCCUGCUGCUCGCCCGCGCCCAGAGCCAGCGCGCCCAGGCCGACAGCAACCGCCUCAUCCUCGACGCCGUGGGCCGCUGAGCGCUGCACCGGCACCGGGACCGCGACCGGGACUGGCACCGGCACCGAGCCCGCUGCGCCCGCCUCGGCCUCCGCUCCGGGGGCGCGUGGGUGCGGUGCCGGCCCCAGCACGGUCCCGGCCAGGCCCGCAUGUGCUGUUUGGCCGGCACCGAUUUUGUAAUAAAACGUGGU